ACACACACACACACACAGUCAGAGAGACUGUGUUUCUGUAUCAUUAGAGUGUGUCUCUCUACAGGAGUGUUUAAUCUCCAGCAUCAGAGGAAUCAUGACUCUGAGAGGACUCGUUCUGUGUCUCUUAUUGUGGAGUUCCGAGAGCAGACAUGCAGAAAUGCCGGACGAUGAUUCCGUGUUCGACCUGUUCGAGCUCUCUAAUCUGCAUAAGAAGCAUCACGGGGUGAGUUUAGUGAAGGGACCCGAUCCAAACAGUCCCGCGUACAAGAUCCUGAACCCAAACCUGAUCCCCUCCGUGCCCGAGCUCUCCUUCCGGGACCUGAUCUACUCCAUCCAGAGCGAGAGAGGCUUCAUCUUCACCGCGAACCUCAAGCAAGCCAAGCGCACACGGGGAAGCCUGGUCUCCGUGGAGAGGACCGACGGAACCGGGUCCGUGUUUGAGAUCAUAUCCAACGGGAAAGCCGACACGGUGGAUCUGGUGUACCGGACCGCGAGCGGACAGCAUGUGGUUUCCAUCGAGGACGUGAGUGUUGCGAACGGGCACUGGAGGAACAUCACGGUGUUCGUGCAGGAGGACCGGGCUCAGGUUUAUGUGGGUUGCGAGGAAAUCAACACGCAAGAACUCGAUGUUCCGAUCCAGCAGAUUCUGAGCCAGGAGAGCGCGGACAUCGCCAGCCUGAGGAUCGCGAAAGGCGCCGCCAAAUCAGACCGCUUCAUGGGAGUUCUCCAGAAUGUGCGGUUUGUUUUCGGAACGACGCUGGACGCGAUUUUACGCAAUAGAGGAUGCGGGAGCUCUACCUUCAUCACAGAUGUCAUGAGCUUUGAGAACUCGGUGAACGGAUCGAGCGCGGCCAUCCGCACCGACUACACGGGACACAAGUCUAAAGACCUGCAGGACAUCUGCGGCUUCUCCUGCGACGAUCUGACCAGCAUGUUCACGGAGCUCAAGGGACUCGGUGUGGUGGUGAAGCAGUUGUCGAACGAGCUCCGCCAAGUGACAGCAGACAACAACUUAAUAAUGAACCAGAUUCAAAUCCACAAAGGCGUUUGUCUGCACAACGGCAUUGUGUACGGAGACAAAAGCGAGUGGACGGUGGACAGCUGCACACACUGCACAUGUCAGAACUCGGCCACUGUGUGUCGUGAAAUCUCCUGCCCGCUCAUGCCCUGCGCCAACGCCACGGUCCCGGAUGGCGAAUGUUGCCCGCGCUGUGGAACACCGAGUGAUGCGGGUGCAGAAGAUGGCUGGUCGCCCUGGUCCGAAUGGACCCAUUGUUCGGUGACCUGUGGAAGAGGCAUUCAGCAGCGUGGACGCUCUUGUGACCGAAUCAACAGCAACUGUGAUGGCACGUCCGUCCAGACGAGAGACUGUUACACGCAAGAAUGCGACAAACGAUUCAAGCAGAAUGGGGGCUGGAGCCACUGGUCUCCCUGGUCUUCUUGCUCCGUGACGUGUGGCGAGGGUGUCAUCACUCGCAUCCGGCUGUGCAACUCCCCAACGCCUCAGAUGGGGGGCAAAGACUGCGAGGGAGAUGGUCGCCAGACCGAACCAUGCCAGAAGCCGUCGUGCCCAGUGAAUGGAGGUUGGGGACCCUGGUCUCCAUGGGACUCUUGCUCCGUCACGUGUGGUGGAGGACUUCAGCGCAGACACCGUUUGUGCAACAGCCCCGCUCCCAAACACGGUGGAAAAGAAUGCCUGGGUGACUCCAAAGGAAGCCGGUUGUGCAACUCUCAGUCGUGUCCUGUUGAUGGAUGUCUCUCCAACCCGUGCUUCGCCAGCGCCAAAUGCACUAGCUUCCCCGACGGCUCCUGGAAGUGCGGCGAGUGUCCGGUGGGAUACACUGGGGAUGGAGUCCACUGUCAAGACAUCGAUGAGUGCAAAGAAGUUCCCGAUGCCUGUUUUGUGCUCAAUGGAGUCCAUCAGUGUGAGAACACAGAACCGGGCUACAACUGCCUGCCCUGCCCACCACGCUACUCCGGACAACAGCCCUUCGGCCGGGGAACAGAGCAAGCCAUUGCCAAUAAACAGGUCUGCACACCUAGAAACCCAUGUGAGGACAGCAGCCAUGACUGUAAUAAGAAUGCCAACUGCAUCUACCUGGGAAUCUUCUCCGACAUCAUGUACCGCUGCGAAUGUAAACCAGGCUAUGCUGGGAACGGUUACAUCUGCGGAGAAGACCCAGACCUGGACGGCUGGCCAAACACGGACCUCCUCUGUGUGGAAAACGCCACCUACCACUGCAAGAAGGACAACUGUCCUGACCUUCCCAACUCUGGGCAAGAAGACUAUGACAAAGAUGGAACUGGAGAUGCUUGUGACAGUGAUGAUGACAAUGAUGGGAUCCCUGAUGACGGGGACAAUUGCCCGUUCAUCUUCAACCCAAGACAGUACGACCAGGACCAAGAUCAAGUUGGCGACCGAUGCGAUAACUGCCCGUACGACAGUAAUCCAGAACAGACCGACACCGACAACAAUGGCGAGGGUGAUGCGUGUGCCAUAGACAUCGACGGAGAUGGCAUUCUGAACGAGAAGGACAACUGUCCAUAUGUGUACAACACUGACCAGAGAGACACCGACCGGGAUGGAGUCGGUGACCACUGUGACAACUGCCCGCUGGAGCACAACCCUGACCAGAUUGACUCGGACUCUGACAACGUUGGAGACAAGUGUGACAGCAACCAAGACAUCGAUGAGGAUGGACAUCAGAACAACCUUGACAACUGCCCCUACAUCCCCAACGCCAACCAGGCCGACCACGACAAGGACGGCAAAGGAGACGCCUGCGAUCAUGACGAUGACAAUGACGGCGUCCCUGACGACAAAGACAACUGCAGACUCGCCUUCAACCCAGAUCAGCUGGAUUCGGACGGCGAUGGCCGAGGUGACGUUUGCAAGGACGACUUUGACCAAGAUAACGUGCCAGAUAUUUUUGAUGUUUGCCCGGAGAACUUUGCCAUCAGUGAAACAGAUUUCCGCAGAUUCCAGAUGGUUCCCCUUGAUCCCACUGGAACUUCCCAAAUUGACCCCAACUGGGUCGUCCGUCACCAGGGCAAAGAGCUCCUGCAGACCGUCAACUGUGAUCCCGGCAUUGCUGUCGGUUAUGAUGAGUUCAACGCCGUGGACUUCAGCGGCACGUUCUUCAUCAACACGGACCGUGACGACGACUAUGUCGGCUUUGUGUUUGGCUACCAAUCCAGCUCGCGUUUCUAUGUGGUGAUGUGGAAGCAGAUCACUCAGACCUACUGGUCUCAUACGCCCACCAAAGCCCAGGGUUACUCUGGACUGUCUAUUAAAGUUGUGAACUCCACUACGGGACCGGGCGAACAUCUCAGGAACGCUUUGUGGCACACUGGAGACACCGAAGGACAAGUGCGCACCCUUUGGCACGACCCCAAGAACAUUGGCUGGAAGGAUUACACUGCCUACAGAUGGCACCUGAUCCACAGACCCAAAACCGGACACAUCAGAGUUAUUAUGUAUGAGGGCAAGAGAGUCAUGGCUGAUUCAGGAAGCAUUCAUGACAUGACAUACGCUGGAGGAAGACUUGGCCUCUUCGUCUUCUCUCAAGAGAUGGUUUACUUCUCAGACCUCAAAUACGAAUGCAGAGAUGUAUAACGACCCCGUCGUUGUUUUCCCGAAGGACGGCCCGCUAUCUUCUGUUUUCUGUCGGUUUAAAUGUGUUAUAACUCUCUUCUGUGGUGGGAUCCAGGAG